AUGGCGGCUAUCAAAACAACGUGCCUCGUGCUGUGUUUCAUUCCUUACACUAUAGCAAGUUUUUUUGAGAUACAAUACCCGAAUGUGUUGGUGACAGCCGAGACGGGUGGUAACCUGACUGUUGAGGCAGGACCACAAGGUGGGAAUAUCAUAAUGAAACCCACUGGUAAUGGAACAGUCUAUAUUGGUAAGACCGACAUGCUGAAACUCUUUGAGAUCGUCAACAGCAUGCCUCCAGUGUGGGAACUGAAUGCUGUUCAUGGUUCUCUGGGCACGUUUCUGGGAGGAGCUUCUAUUUCACUGAAUGUUGAAGCUGUGGAUCCUGAAGGAGGUUCAUUAAAAUAUGAGAAGGUCUCUGGUGCUUUGCCUCCUGGUGUUCAUCUCAACAAAAACACUGGACAGAUAUCCGGUACAGCCCCGGAUGUAGACGCUACCUAUCAAUUCGGUAUCCGGGUAACAGACAAGCACGGAAAAUAUGCCGACAAAAUUUUCUCUAUAGACACUAGAGAUAACAACCAGUGCUUGAGUAACCCGUGUACUCAUGGAGGAACAUGUGUGGAUGAUAUUGACCAUUUCAUUUGUACUUGUCAGCAACACUAUGGCGGGAAGACAUGUGCUACCAACUGUGCGAGUCAUGCAUUAGGUGUGGACCAGAGAAGUAAGACAAUACCUGACGCACAGAUGUCCGCUCACUACUCAUACGGCGACCAUCCAGCCUCCGACGGACGUCUAAACGCUCCUCAAGGCUGGAUCGGACAGAACACAGCCUCUUGGCUACAGGUGGAUCUUGGUGAUGUCAUGGAAGUACACGCAGUCGCUACCCAAGGGUACACAUCGACUUACUACACGUCAGAGUACCAACUACUGUACAGUUCCGACGGGAACAGCUUUGUGAACACUAAGAAUGGAACGGACAAUAUGGUGUACAGCGGAAGUUCGAAUGUCAACACCGUUACCAAACACGUGUUAACGUCUCCACUUCGGGCUCGCUUCAUCAGAUUCCAGCCUGUCACAUUCAAUAGUUAUCCGGGCAUGCGCGUUGAGGUUUACGGAUGCGAGAUUAAUUCGUAG